CCUCACAUGUCAAGAUACACUGAACUCAACUCCUACACACGGAUUCCCACACAACGUUGAUUAUUAUUACAACCAUCUACAGCUUCAAAACUUUUACUAUAAAAACAUUCCCUCCUCAAUCCUCACUCCUCACUUACUCAAAUCCAAUGUCGACGUCCACACAAUUGACACAUGCAAUCAAUGAGGGCGACUCCUUUGAAAGGUUCUUCGAGUGCUGGCUCGUCGAACAGAACCAGCAUCUCGACGAGCUCGUGUCCGCCUCCAAGGAGGUGGACGCGGCCGACCAAGAGGCUCUGCGGCCCCUGGUGAAGCGCGUCGUCCAGCAUUACGAGCACUACUACGUGGCCAAGGCGAGGUGGGGCGAGACGGACAUUCUCGCCAUGCUGAGCCCCUCGUGGCGGAGCAGCCUCGAGGACGCCUUCCUCUGGAUCGGGGGCUGGCGCCCGAGCAUGGCCUUCCACCUGCUCUACUCCAAGUCGGGGCUGCAGCUCGAGGCCAGGCUCCACGAGCUCAUGCAGGGGCUCAGGUCGGACGACCUGAGCGACCUGUCCGCGGCUCAGCUGCAGCAGGUGGACGCGCUGCAAAAGGAGACCAUACGGAAGGAGCAGGAGAUCACAGAGAAGCUGGCGGAGCAACAGGAGACGGUCGCGGAUGCGUCCAUGGUGGAGCUGGCGCAUGCGAUGACAGAGGGCAUGGGCGGGGACGAGGGGCAGAGCCGGGUCGACGCGGCCCUUGCCCCCAAGCAGGAUGGGUUGGCGGAGAUACUGCACAUGGCGGAUGAGCUGAGGCUCGACACGCUCAAGAAGGUGAUCGAUAUUCUCACGCCAAUGCAGGCUGUGCAUUACCUCAUUGCUGCUGCUGCUCUGCAUUUGAGGAUCCAUGAAUGGGGGAAGAAGAGAGAUGCUAGGCUGGCUCAAAAUGUUAGUACAACACACAAAAGUGAUGAAGAUUCUGCCUAAAAUAGGUAUUACAUAUAGUAUAUGAUUAUAGAGAGAGGGGAGAAAGAGGGUUCUUGCUGUUGUUCUGCUCUGGUUAUAUGUUUUUUAUCUAUAUAUUUAAUUUUAUUUUAAAGCAAA